GCAGACCACUCAGAUUGCCCAUGAGGACUCAUGGGCAGGGGCGGACUGACCAUUUGGAAACUCGGGCACUGCCCGAGGGCCCGGGGUCAGUAGGGGGCCCCAUGAGAUGCCCCUGGUACAUUUUCAUAGGCUUUUUUGAGUUUGGGCAAGGACACAGGGGCCCCAUGAUCCCCUAUUGCCCGGGGGACCCAUGAGUUGUCAGUCUGCCCCUGCCUGUCCGCCCCUGCUCAUGGGUGCACAGCCAAAAGGGUCUACAGUGGGCAUGUGAGCUUCAGAGCUG